GGUUGCUGCUUUUAGCUGCUGAAAGGGCUGCAGGGAGCUCUGGGUAAGACAUUUUCUGCUGCUGCUGCUUCUGCGGUAGAAGCUGCUGGGAGUAAGUCAGAGGAAGGAGGAUCGAGAGGGAGGAGGCUUCGUUUGCAGCCAUGCUGAAUCACUGUUGCUGAUCAGGAUCUCCUGUUGGUUGGCCAGGAGAUCGGAGAACAGAGCUAGGAUCUCCGGGUGCAUGCACAGUUCAGCGGCUGCCACCCUGGCUGGGCCUCGCACAAUGGAGGGUGAAAGCAUCAAGACGAGCUCCCAGCCCCCGGUUCAGGCUGGAGAUGAUGAGAAGAACCAGAGGACGAUCACUGUCAACUCUGCCCAUAUGGGGAAGGCAUUCAAGGUUAUGAAUGAACUGCGGAGUAAACAGCUGUUGUGUGACGUGAUGAUUGUGGCGGAAGAUGUCGAGAUAGAAGCCCACCGUGUGGUCCUGGCAGCCUGCAGCCCUUACUUCUGUGCAAUGUUCACAGGUGACAUGUCUGAGAGUAAAGCGAAGAAGAUAGAAAUCAAGGACGUGGAUGGGAGGACGCUGAAUAAGCUGAUUGACUACAUCUAUACGGCAGAAAUUGAGGUGACCGAAGAGAAUGUCCAGGUGCUACUCCCAGCGGCCAGCUUGCUGCAGCUCAUGGACGUUCGGCAGAACUGCUGUGACUUCCUGCAGUCUCAGUUGCAUCCCACCAACUGCUUGGGCAUCCGCGCGUUUGCAGACGUGCACACCUGCACCGACCUUCUGCAGCAGGCCAACGCUUAUGCAGAGCAGCACUUUCCAGAGGUGAUGCUGGGGGAAGAAUUUCUUAGCCUAAGUCUGGACCAGGUGUGCAGCCUGAUAUCCAGUGACAAGCUGACCGUUUCUUCAGAGGAGAAGGUAUUUGAAGCUGUGAUUUCAUGGAUCAAUUAUGAGAAAGAAACCCGUUUAGAGCACAUGGCAAAACUGAUGGAACAUGUCCGUCUCCCUCUCUUACCGAGGGAUUACCUGGUCCAGACGGUUGAAGAAGAAGCUUUGAUAAAGAAUAACAACACCUGUAAGGACUUCCUCAUCGAGGCCAUGAAAUACCAUCUGCUCCCUCUGGAUCAGAGGCUCUUGAUUAAGAACCCAAGGACCAAGCCCAGGACUCCAGUCAGCCUGCCCAAGGUCAUGAUUGUGGUUGGUGGCCAGGCCCCCAAGGCGAUCCGCAGCGUGGAAUGCUAUGAUUUUGAAGAGGACCGGUGGGACCAGAUUGCUGAGCUUCCCUCCAGGAGAUGCAGAGCAGGUGUGGUGUUCAUGGCUGGUCACGUGUAUGCUGUGGGCGGGUUUAAUGGCUCACUGCGCGUGCGGACCGUGGAUGUAUAUGACGGUGUGAAGGACCAGUGGACGUCCAUCGCCAGCAUGCAGGAGCGCCGGAGCACUCUGGGCGCGGCCGUACUCAAUGACCUGCUCUAUGCCGUGGGGGGCUUUGAUGGCAGUACUGGCCUAGCGUCCGUGGAAGCCUACAGCUACAAGACCAACGAGUGGUUCUUCGUGGCCCCAAUGAACACCCGGCGGAGCAGCGUGGGUGUGGGUGUCGUGGAGGGGAAGCUGUAUGCUGUCGGGGGUUACGAUGGGGCUUCCCGCCAGUGCCUGAGCACCGUGGAGCAGUACAACCCGGCAACCAAUGAGUGGACGUAUGUGGCGGACAUGAGCACCCGCCGCAGUGGUGCAGGGGUCGGGGUGCUCAGUGGCCAGCUGUAUGCCACGGGUGGGCACGACGGGCCCCUGGUGAGGAAGAGCGUUGAAGUUUACGAUCCCGGAACAAACACCUGGAAGCAGGUGGCAGACAUGAAUAUGUGCCGGCGAAAUGCAGGAGUCUGUGCGGUGAAUGGGCUUCUGUAUGUGGUUGGAGGGGAUGAUGGAUCCUGCAACUUGGCUUCGGUGGAGUACUACAAUCCUGUCACCGACAAAUGGACGCUGCUACCAACCAACAUGAGCACGGGGCGGAGCUACGCAGGUCAGUGCGCUGCAGCCCGACUGCACCUUGACCCCCACCCCACCUCUAAACAGGUGGAGGUGUUGCUGUGAUUCACAAGCCCUUGUGACCCCCACGCCCACGGCCAGGAGGUGGAGGAGGGGAGGGGUGCUGCCUGUGGCUCAGAACAGUGGCACCCUGACUGCCACUCGCUGCCAGAGUCCGCAGAGGAGCAAGAAGUGCCCUCCUCCGACGUGGCCAAGUGGCGUCCGACGUGGAGACUGGUGACCGCCCCCUGCCCCCCUGAGGUGUUCAGGCCUCCCCCCUGAGCAGUGGGUUCCUGAGAGCUCCAGGCAGCACAUGGGGGCUUUUUUGUGUGUUUCUACGGGAACACCUGAGAACCUGUGUGUGUGUGUGUGUGUGUGUGUGUGUGUGUGUGUGUGUAGAACAUGGUGUUUCAGUAAGUUGGGGGAUGUGUGACAAUCUACUGGAUUUCUUUACUACUGAUCCUUCUGUGCUAAAAAUCAAAUCACAGAAACCUCUCUUCUGGAUGUGUGCCCCAUUGGAACCCUGAGAUUACUAAAGCUGCUGUCUUCUGGAGCUCUGUUUGGACAGGCCAGGAAUGUCCAGAAAUGACUGGUGACUGGCCUUGCUUUGACCAUGCCCACAGACUGGCUCUGACCCCUGGCACGGUCUGCAGAAGAGCUGGGCAUUCUUAAAUCUGCACUGUGUCUUCUGUGUGCUAGAACUGGGAACAGAUGGUGUCCCCAGGCCCUCCACUGGGUGCUCUUCCUUGGGCUCUCCUCCAGGAAGCAGAUGAGAACCACCUAGUCCUUGGGCCACUGGUCUUUGAGGUUGUGGAUUCCAGGUUUGGGAGAUUUUGUGUCUCUUCAGUUGGGAAAACUAGCUCUUUGGAGAAGCCCCGAGUAUCACACUGGAGAAAAAAAUACAUAUACGUGCAUGAAAAACAAUAACAAAACAACAACAAACCAAAGUGGUAAGGCAGUUGCUGCCUACAAUGGUCUAGAGAGGAUCCUACGUCUGGGUUUUCCUGGGAUGGGACACUCCCCAUCUAUACUUACUAUCCAGGCUUAAUUCUUCACAGCAUCCCAUUUUACUCUUAGAAGUGUUCUGGUUUGGAGGAUAAAUAAAAGGUCACCAUACCUCCAAACCCAGAGAUAGUUUGGCCCCUGCCUUGGGGGUCAUAUGUGAUCUAGAUGGACGUGGAUGACUUCAAAGGAGUGCACCAGCUGGGGCUGGCCCUCAGCACUAGAUGGCGAUGGUCAAGUCUGUCUGAGGGCUUCGUCUUCCUUUCCUUGUGCUCUCCCCCUGUUCCAGGGCUUGUACCCUCUCCAACCCUCAGAAUAUUCCUUUCCUCCUUGUUUUUCCUGAGAGGGAGGAGAUGGUGGUAAAUGCCCUGGAUGUGUGAUCUCUCUCAGGGAUACUUGCAUUUUAAAAGAGCUUGGUGAGAGCUUUGCAAAUUCACAGUUAAAAUUUAACGACAGAACUUUAAGCAUUUGGAGGGGGGGUGGGUAUUUGAGGGCACAUGGAAUCAUUUUCAUUAAAAAAAAAAAGAAAAAAGAAACGUGAAACCAUUCCUCAACUUGCAAGUCACUUAUGCUGGAAUUUGUGGCAUAAGGAGGGAAGGUCUUGUGUCUGAAGAGUACGCUCACAUCAUGGGGACUGGGCUUUAAUGCUCCCUGAUUUUGGGGUCCACUUACAGGAGUCAGGGGGCUUUAUGAAACCUGAUGUUGGACUUCUGAUCUAACUGGGCUCCUUCCAAGCAGAUACUGCAGGAGACUGGCAUCCCCCCCAGCUCACCCCUGCAGCUAGAAAGCCAGUAGCCUCCCUAGCUAGUUGGCCGCUUUGUGUAUUUACUGUAUAUUUUUUUGUGCACUAAACACUCAACUCUCUUGAAGAAGAAACAUCUUCUGAUGUUGAGGAUAUUGAGCAGAUGUUAUCUCAGUAAGACAUUUGGAGGGCAAAAAAAAAAAAAAAAAGACAUUUGGAGGGCAGCACCAAGGCAUCCGGAAUUCUUAGUGGCUUUGGGAAGAGGCUGAUAUAUCCAGCUUUGUUGGGUCUGGAGGCGAAGUCUCCAAAGGAUUCAAGGCAUGCCUUCAUUUGGGUGCUGUGUUCUCACCUGGCCCUGGAGAUGGCCAUGGUCUCAAAGCUCUGCCUUGGCUUGGAGGCUGAUGGGAUAAGCUUUCUGUUGCAAAUGUUCUUCCUCCUGGCCUGAGGAGAGUUUGGGACUUUAUUUUGGUUUCUGAUGGGGAUGAGGCUGGGGGGUGAGAUCCCAUGUGUGCUGUUCACACAGCUCCUGAUUUCAGACUAAAGGUGAACUUCCCACCCUCUUUCCCAACACCUAGGAGCUGGACUUUGAUGCAUAUGUGGGGGAGGUUCUUGUUUUUCAUCUGCCCAGAGCAGGCCCCUUCCCUGAGAGCUCGCCAGCCACGUUUUCUGCUCUUGGUUCCACCUCAUGUCUCCCUUCCUUGGAAGAACCGCCCCCCCCCCGCCUCCCCCCACCCAGUAGUACUGCUGAGGCCAGGUUCAUCUCCUUCUCACCCGUCCUUUCUCAUGGGGACUUCAACACUGGUACAUCACCACCAAAAAGCCAUUCGGUCUCUAGCUGCCCACAGAGGCCAUUUAAAACCUGCUGUCUCUCUAUCACUAGGUACGAUUCUCUCUCCACAGUGAACACAGCUGACUUGAUUUCAAGUCUCCGCUGGUCACGUUGGUAGGCAAACCCCCUGCCCCCCCAUUUGGGUGCCCGUAGCUGCUUGUGAAUGCAGCUUUGCAGGUGGUGUAUCUGAAAGCUGAUCACAGUGAUGAAAUGGAAUUGCGGCCCAAGGUUAGAAGCCGCUUAGAUGCCGCUUGGAUACUGAUUUGGACAACACAGAAGUCAGACUCUGAAUUGCAAAGUUCCUUCUCCUAAUGGCAUCUCUCCUAAAAAGUUGCAGUAUUAUGCAAAUGAAACUGACCUCAUUUUCUGCUAUGCAAUAAGAAUACUUAAUUCUGUUUCACAACAAACCAGUUGCAGUAUCCCCUGACAUGCUUUUUGAGCUGUGUUACUUUGGUAUCUGUUGUGUAAUGUUUGUAUAUUCCUGAGCCAGAGCCUUUCAAAGAUUGCCUUUUUAUAAAGCUGAAGCUAUAGCGUUCAGGCUAAACUUUUAAUGUAGAUAUUUUUAUAAGAUAAUUUUUUAGGAUAUUUGAAUUGAUUUUUAUUAUCCAUGAUAAUGAAAUGUUCUGUUCCGUAAGUCAUUCACUCUCCUAGUUCAUGCCUGUAGCUCUUUUCCCUUCGCAUGUCACCCUCCAAAAACUGAUUUUUCAGUAGUUCCAGAUAGAUGAGUCCUUUUGACUUUGAGUCCUCUUUCUUAUACCAUAUUCAAAGGAGAUUGCUGGAAAACACGAUCCCUGGUAUUUCUGGAAUUGCUUCAGGACUAACGUUUAGCCUGACUCAGCAAUCACCCAACUAUAUUGCCUGGCCACUUUUUUUUGGAGUCCGCUCUUGGCAGGGGGGAGGCUGCUCGGCCCAUCUGCUGGUGGCUCUCACUGCCUGGUGCUGAGCCUGGCACGCUGUGGCGUGGAGAAGCUCCAGAGAAAGGCCUGCCCUACAGUGCAUACUCCCAGGAGUUUCCUGGGUCCGGCAAACCAGUCCUCAAUUCUUUUCUGCCCCUUGUUCUUCGGAAGCUUCCAGCAGCUAAAGGCCUUUGCUGCUGGAUGAUGUCCCUUUUGGAAGCAUCUUCUCUAUGAGCUUUAAAACAGGGGUCAGUCCUCAUGAUCAUUAAGAAUGUGUUAAGCAUGUGCUUUACAGAUGCUCACACUACCCCUAAAACUUAUUGUUUCUUGAGCUGUGUCUACACUCCAGGCUCUAUUUUAUGUAUUUAUCUGCCAUUAGCCUCAUUAAAACAGUCUGCCAUUAGCCUCAUUAAAACAGUCUUUUAUUUUUAUUAUUAUUGGGACAGGUGCCAUUUGAAUCGCCUCCAUGCUCCCCAUUUGCACCUUGUUGGAUCAGGUUGGGAGGUUUAGCAAACUCAUAUUCCAGUUAGCUGGAGUUUUUAAGGCUUUGUUUGCCUGGAGAAGCAAGGAGGUUGGAUUUUUUUUUUUUUAAGUGUUUGCACUAUUUAGAGUGCUAAGCCCCUCAUGUUUGGCUCUGCUGUGUGUGCAGUGUGACCGAGCAGGUGAGCCAGCAGCACUUUCGACAUUUGGGAAUGGAAGAGGCUUCUAUAGUGGAUAAUCACCACCUCAUAGCCCCUGCACAGCCUUUGUCAUGGGGCUGAGUGACUCGUGGGUAUGACAUCAGCCAAGGCAGGAAUGCAUGUGACUGUGGCAUUUGGAGAAACAAAUUGCCCUAGUACUGUGUUCUUGCCUUUGGCUAUGAGAUUGAAAAUUAUUUCCCCCCAUUUUUCAGUGGCAGUAAAGGACCCGGUUGGACUUUUUGUCUAAUUUGUAUAUGAUGUAUAAAACACGUUGAAAGAAGACUUAAGAUGCUGAAUGUGUAUGUCUUUGUGUCUAUCCAUGUGGUUGUCCACAGGCAACCUGACUUGAUCACUGAUACCCUGUGAACACACUGCAUCGGUAAGGUCCUUGAUCUCCUAUUCUCUGCUUGGAUGUUAGAGCCCAUCCAUCUUGUAAAAGAACACUUGUCAUAGGCUCCAUCAGUUACAGUGAUAGCUGAAGAAACUGUUCCUCAAGUGGAUUAUUUCAACAGGAAUCAAGUUCUAGUUUCCCAUACUUUGUUAAUUUUAAUAAAAGCUGA